UCAGGCUUGCUCCCUUUUCAGUAUGAAAAUUCGAAAGCAGUGGGGAAGAAAUGCUGGACCUAUCACAGCGAUGCUAACAGACAGCCUAUUACAGUAUUUAAUAAAAACAGAAGCAGCGUGCCUGUCAUAGGCUAAUAAAUCCUACCUCCUGCACGCUUUUAAAAACAGUCUGAACCGGCUUCCACAGAGCUUCGGAGAACUAAUCUUAAGCAUGGCUGUCUAGCGUGCCUGUCACUCCUAUUGUCCUUCCAAACUCUUGCAGACAUUUUGAGCGAGGAGUAUUAAAGCUAUGAGUUAGCGAGGGUGUGACAUCAAUGGUCCACAAAGACAGCCAGCAGGAAAGGUAAAGAUGAGGACCGGUGGCUGUGUGGAGGACUACACGGGAUCGCUGUCAUUAAAAAUUAAGCGUGGCUUUUGAGGAAGAUGUGACAACUCCUGAAGGUCUUUCUGCCACUCCCCCAGGACUUCCACAGUGAGGAAAGGAGCUGCAGGACCAACAUCCUCUAAGAUGUUUAUAUGGACCAGUGGCCGGACCUCUUCAUCUUACAGACACGACGAGAAAAGAAAUAUCUACCAGAAAAUCAGGGACCAUGACCUCCUGGACAAAAGGAAAACUGUGACAGCUCUGAAGGCUGGGGAGGACCGGGCCAUCCUGCUCGGCCUGGCCAUGAUGGUGUGCUCCAUCAUGAUGUACUUUCUGCUGGGAAUCACACUGCUGCGCUCCUACAUGCAGAGCGUGUGGACAGAAGAAGCCCAGUGCGCCCUGCUGAAUGUGUCAAUCACAGAAACAUUUAACUGUUCCUUCAGCUGUGGGCCCGACUGUUGGAAGCUCUCUCAGUACCCUUGCCUGCAGGUGUACGUGAACCUGACAUCUUCCGGGGAGAGGCUUCUCCUCUACCACACGGAAGAGACCAUGAAGAUCAAUCAAAAGUGCUCCUAUAUUCCUAAGUGUGGAAACAACUUUGAGGAGUCCAUGUCUCUUGUGAGUGUCGUCAUGGAAAACUUCAGGAGACACCAACACUUUCCCUGCUAUUCUGACCCAGAAGGAAACCAGAAGAGUGUCAUCCUGACCAAACUCUACAGCUCCAAUGUGCUGUUCCAUUCUCUCUUCUGGCCAACUUGUAUGAUGGCUGGGGGUGUGGCGAUCGUUGCUAUGGUGAAACUAACUCAGUACCUCUCCCUGCUCUGUGAGAGGAUCCAACGGAUCAACAGAUAAAAGAAAAAACAAUCAUGGAUAAGAUAUUUUUCUUUAAAGCUCAAAUACUGUUUUAUUUCGUUCUUCACCAAAGAACCUUAAGUUUGUAAUGUGCAGUCUCUUAUGGGUUCCUUAAUAUAUUAUUCUAUGUAGAGCAAUAAUGCAAACGCUGUCCUAUAUGCAAACAUGAUGUCCUUAUUAUUCAGGAGAAUCAACUGUUCCUCAUUGGUUGGUUGUUUCAUUGUAUUGUUUUGAUGCUGGAACUAGUCUGUCCUCUUUCCACCAGAAUAGGGCUCAGCUACUCAUUGCUAAGUGUUGUGGGGCACAGGGGCAUGAAGGCACUAUCCCCAAGACCAGGUCUCUGUUCUGAGUUUCCAGACUUCAUGAAGACAAGAGUUUUCUUCAUUUGUUGUUUACUGAAGCUACAGCCAAAAACGCAUUUUUUUUCUUAUCCUAUAUUGAGCCCUGUAGCAAGUGAAGGGGUUGUUUCCUGACUAAAGGGUAUUAAACUUUUAUUAUUGUUAUUAUUAUUACCACAGCACUGUAAGGAAGGGGGGAAACCUAGCCAGCAACUUUUCUUUCAUCACUUUUCAUUCACAACUUCAGAUUUUUAAAAAUAAUUAUCGACUCUCUAAUGUCUUCCGAACAGAGUCCUUUUUUUCCAUCUAUGACCCUGCUACUGUGUGGGAGACAAAGCUGGUGAGAUCACUCCCAGUAAACUGACUGGGUGUUGGUAGGCAUGCCAUUGCAAUUUUGGAAAGUCUAUGUUACAAAGAUAUUUAUGUGAAAUCUUAAUUCCAUUUCCACUGGACUAUUAGAAUCAAAUACUAAUAUACUAAGGACUGGUGAAUUGGUUGCAAUGGGUGAGUCUGUCAGGGCCAGCUAUCAUGUUGGAAUAUUACUCUUUGAGAAUUUAUGUUUCAGUAAACGAAUGUAUGUAUGGUCUCUCUUUCUGAAAAAAAAAAAAAAAACUGUUGCCUGUUGGGGUUUUAAAUCUAUGUGUGCACAAUCUUUGUCUCCUCUACAUAUUUUAUUUUUCUACUCACUGUUCCCUUUUGGUUAUUAUAUUUUAUAUGCAGAAUAGACCUUUUUCCUAACACAUGUUUGAAAUGAAUAACAGGUUUGAGGGAAGCCUUUCUUCACAUUGAUGUUUACUCAUUCUAUUUGGUGGGGGGGAAAGGGGGUUGGUUUUAAAUAAAGACAUUCUGUCUUUUAUUUAAUAUUGAUAUCUAAGGGAGAAGACAAACAUCUAUCUUUCUCAUCUAUAUUUAAGUACCCUUUUGUAACAUAGUAUCGAUGUUUUUUAGGUAAUUGCAAAAUUUUACAAAUCAUUUGUGGAAUGAACAGUGAAACUUAUCUGAGGAAGCAGAAUAUUGUAAUUCAUAGUCUGACUUUUCAUAAGCAAAUAAAUCCCUAGGGUGUAAUCAGGACUUCAAAUGUGUAAUUAAAUUUUUUAAACCCAUUUGAUGGCAAGAUUUUAAUACUUCUUGCAUUCAGAUAAACCCAUGACUAUCCAAACAAUCCUAAUUUAUAUUCAAAGGUAUUUUAAGAGACUUUUUCUGACACUUAAACAAUACAUGUUAUG